AAACGAAGGGGCCGUGAUUUGUCCGAUUUGUCUACAGAAAGGACAAACAAAACCUUUCUUUAUUAUGAAAUGAAAGAAACUUAUACAAGUUAGGUGCUCAUUUAAUCCCUCAACCACAAUAUCUGAAGCAACCCAACAAGGAAAUUUUGAAAAUUUCAAAAGUAUUGACUAAUGGGUUUUUUGUAUUGGAUGGCUUGGAUAGACAGAGUCAUUUCUUCACAGUCUGUAAGUUAGAGGUUUGAUUUUUCAAAGAAAGACAGAAGAGAAGACUCAGUCUGGUUCUCUUAUAGUUAUAUAAUAGACCAUUUCUCCCAGACAAGGCCUCUCUAUGGACUGUGGGUUACAGAAAGAAACAAUAUUCAAAUUCUUCUUCUAUUUGAUCAUAUUCAUCCGUGUGGCGCUUUGGCAUUGCAUUGACAACAACAAUUUCAAACAGAGAGGAUGUUGGAUUGUUAUCAGAGGCUUUCUUCUGGCCAUUCUUACAAUGAUUUCCUUGAGUUUCUUGAAGCUGAUAUUCGCCAUGCCAAUGCUUUUGCAGCUUCAUUUCCAAGAGUUAAGGAUGGUUCAUCCUUCCAGAUGAAAUUAGUUUGUAACCAUUUGACACCAGUUAUUCUUUACUUGCUUCAAUGGGUGGAUUGCUUCUGUUCCUUUCUACCUUUGAGCUACUUCAACCUAUUCCACAUAGUUCUGUACAAGGUGGACUUUCAUGGAAGGCCAGAUAUCUCAUCAUACGGAAGGAAAGCAACUAUAAGCGAAUUCUACUCUGUUAUAUUACCAUCCCUACGACGGCUUUGUGAUUAUGCAUCACAGAUAGAGAGCAUUGAAGAUCUCCACAAGGGAAUGGCGAUCUCAAAAAGAUUAGAACACAAGAGGGAAUUUUUAGAUUUGGAGAUAGAAAGAGAAGAUGAAUGUGGGAUCUGUUUCGAGUCGCGUACCAAAAUUGUCUUGCCAUAUUGUUGCCAUGCCAUGUGCACAAAUUGCUACCACGAUUGGAAAUCAAAGUCAGAAUCUUGCCCAUUCUGCCGAGGAAGUUUGAAGAGAGUAGCCUCAGGGGAUCUGUGGGUUCUCACAUGUGGUAACGACGUGGUUGACCCCCGUACUAUUAUGAAAGAAGAUAUGUUACGCUUCUACCUUUUUGUAAACAACCUACCUGAAGAUACUCCUGAUGUUCUAUUCUUAAUGGACUAUGAACACUUAUUGUAACAAACCAAACGAUUAGAAUAAUGUACAUUGGAGGACUUUGCUAAUUAUCCACAAAUAUGGAGGGUUGGUUUUUUUCUGAUAUCGACCCUCGUUCUGUUUGUCAUGUGGAAUGUUGCACGAGUUCGUUUGCAGUAAUGCAGUUUGUAUAUGAGGUUCUCUUUUAACAUAAUAUAACAGUACAUAAGCUUUGAGUUC